UCCUUUAUCGUGCGCGUGCUUCGCACGCGGGUUCACGUUCACGAAGCUGCAAUCAAAAUCUCAUUUUCUCAAGACAGGGAGUCAGAGGAGAUCGUUUUUCUUGAAGCAGGACGAUGGAGUGUUUUUCUUGACGGUGGAAUGAGGCGAUUGAAAGACACCAUGGCAGAGACAGUGGAAAUGAAGUAAUGAAGCUAAGAGCACGUUGCUGGCAAAAAUACAAGAAACGACGCAAAUGCGGGAGCAGUCAGCAGAAAUGGUCCUCGAGUACGCGGAUAAAGGCUCACGUUUUCCGACAAUAGCUGAUUAAUCCUUCUCCGUAGACCGACAGUGCGGCAUCGUCGCGUCUCGUUUGCAAGACAUGGCAAGUGAUCCGAGAAAACGUUUGCGAAAUGCGUUUUUCCUUCAUCUCAUCGCAGUAUGCAUCGUUCUGCAUAUCAGCAACGUCGCCUCGAAAAAAAUUGAAGAAACUGCGUGUGGAACAUCGAUGAUUGUGCUCAAUCGGAUAGACAAUACGUUUGACGUGUUAAAUCGAGCGAUCGCCGAAUUGGAAUGGCAAACCCUCGCAAACCGUUCGAUUACAUCGUCAGAAAUAUAUAUGCACCUUGUUCGUCUGAAGCUCAAGUUAAGGAAUGGAUGGUGUACAAACGUGUUGGACCUUGAAAACGAUGGAGUAUCUGUGAACGAAAACGUGCUGCGCUUUUUGUGCAAAGGACCAAAAUAUACCAAUGAAAUAGCAAGAAAAAUCACUGUUAUCAAUCAACUGUUGUCAUCCGCAUAUACGUCUGCACGGAUUUGCAAAAUUGAAAAUUACGUACAAAGAUGUUACAACGGUGAAUUAGACGUGGGAAAGUUAAUGGCAACUUCGAGAAACGAGACGGAAUUACGUUGGGCUUGGACUGCUUGGAGAAAUCAUAUGAGUCACACAAAGAAACUGUUUGGACAGUUGGUGAAUCUUCAAAAUACUGCUGUGCGAAACAAUGGCUAUGCUGAUAUCGGAGAAUAUUGGAGAGAGGAAUACGAACGUCCAGACUUGGAAAACGUUUUUGAAGAAAUGUAUCGACAAGUUGAGCCUCUCUACAGUCUUCUUCACGCUGUCGUAAGAUUCCGGCUCGCAAGAUUGUAUCCCGACGUUAUUGAUGUGUUUUCGCCAAUUCCUGCUCAUUUAUUAGGCAACUUGUGGUCGCAAAGUUGGGAAGCAUUAAUUGACGUGGUGUUUCCAACGUACACCGCGGUCAUGCCGAAUCUGACGGAUUCGAUGAUACAAGAAACGUACAGCGUAAUAAAAAUGGUUAAGACUGCAGAAGAUUUUUACACAUCUCUCGGAUUUCCACCGUUACCGUCAGAAUUCUGGAAGAAGUCUAUCUUUGAACAAGAAACUGGCAGGGAAUCUAGCUGUCACGCAACCGCGGUCAACAUGUACAAGAAGGAUGAUUUUAGAAUUUUUGCGUGUUUAGAAACACGACCGCAAGAUUUCAAUGUCAUUUAUCACGAGAUUGGUCACAUACAGUAUUAUAUGGCAUAUCAGAAUCAGCCGUCAUUUUUCAAGAAUGGAAUCAACAGUGCUUUUCACGAGUCAAUAGGCGAUGCUAUUUCGUAUGGCGCAACUUCUUUCCGACACAUGCAUCGUCUGGAAUUGAUACGUAACGCUUCUGCGUCAUUCGGCAAUUCAUCCGAAGUAAAUUCGCGUUUGCAAGAUUCGUUGGAAAUAGCUCUCCUUCUGAAGCAAGCUUUACUUAAAAUACCGCAACUAUCCAAUGGACUAAUAAUAGAGAAAUGGAGGUGGUCCGUAUUCUCCGGUAAGACACAGCCAUCGGAAUACAACACAUUCUGGUGGAACUUGCAUCGUCGAUACAUGGGUGUCGUACCGCCAUCACCGAGAUCCGAGAAGUUCUUUGAUCCAGCGGCGAAAUUCCACAUCGCCCAUGGUAUACCUUAUGCCGGAUACUUCCUGGGAAACUUUCUGCAAAUUCAAUUAUUUCAAGGAAUGUGUGAAGCAUCUUUGAAUUUACCGGUUGGUUCCACGGCAUUUAACUUACCUCUUCACAAAUGCGACAUUUAUGGCUCCAAGGAUGCGGGAAAAUUCUUAAGGUCGAUCAUGAAACUCGGAAGCAAAGCAAAUUGGAGACACGCGUUGCGUGUGACAACGGGAUAUUCCGAGUAUCGUAUAGAGCCGUUCUUAGCAUACUACGAACCGGUUCGCGAAUGGCUGCAACGCGAGAUUGAACAUCACGGGAUUCCAGUUGGCUGGGAUUGAAAUGAAU